AACACAAAAGCCAACUUGUAGAGAGGGAAAACAGAGAAAAAGAGUGGCUGGAGAUGUGGAUGGAGAAAAAAACGGGGAAAGUGUGAGAGUAGAGAAGGAGAAAUAAUACGUGUGAGAGAGACUAUAGGAGAUAAGGGAGAGAGUGGGGAGGGGUGAGAGAGAGCGAGCGAGAGAGAGAGGAAGAGAGAGAGAGAGAGGAUCGCGCAGCAACUGCUCCUGUAGUUUUGGCUCCGGAGACGCGCAGGACGCAGCGAACUGUCCCGGCUCCCCUCGAUGGUUCACCGCAGCACGGAGGAGGGACAAACCUUCCACCGCUGCCCGGAAAUCAGCGCACAGGAGCCGCCGUACACGCUCUGACAGCACAGACAGGGUGCAGCCAUGCUGAAGCCAGGCGACCCGAGCGGCUCGGCCUUCUUGAAGGUGGACCCGUCCUACCUGCAGCAUUGGCAGCAGCUCUUCCCUCAGGCGCAGUUAAAGGCUCCUCUGGCACCGCCGCCACCUCCACCUGACCGCCUCUCCAUCCCCGUAGACAGCCUGCGCCCGUCCCGCCUACACAGCCACCUCCUAGCCUCCACACACUGUACCUCCUCUUCUUCUUCUACAUCCUCUUCCUCGGCUUCCUCUUCAGCAGCAGCAGCGGCAGCAGCAGCCGCAGCUCUCACCCCGUCGUCCUCCAUCUCCAUCUCCACUUCAGCAGGGAUCUCCCAGCUGCCCGUUCCCCAGCAGAUCGCACUCUUUGGGCAGGCGUUGGCCCCCAUUUGUGCAGGGCCUGGAGGACCUGGAGGAGGAGGAGGACCUGGAGGAGGAGGAGGAGGAGGUGGUGGAGCGACAGCCAGGUUCAAACUGACAUCGGAGGAGCUGGACUACUACCUGUACGGACAGCAGAGGAUGGAGAUCAUCCCACUGAGCAACCACACAGGAGAGGUCAACAACCGCUGUGACAUGUGUGCAGACAACAGAAACGGCGAGUGUCCGAUGCACGGCCCUCUUCACUCUCUGCGUCGACUCGUCGGCACAAGCAGCACAGCGGCACCUGUCACUCUGCCGGACGUCCCUGAUUGGCUCAGAGACCUGCCCAGAGAGGUGUGUCUGUGCACCAGUACAGUUCCUGGUCUGGGUUAUGGGAUCUGCGCAGCUCAGAGGAUCCCUCAGGGAACCUGGAUCGGCCCCUUUCAAGGAGUCCCUCUGCUGCUGGACAAACUGCAGUCUGGAGCCAUCAGAAACACAAGACACCUGUGGGAGAUCUAUGAUUCAGAGGGGACGUUACAGCACUUUAUUGAUGGUAAUGAUCCCAGUAAAUCCAGCUGGAUGAGGUAUAUCCGCUGUGCCAGACACUGUGGGGAGCAGAACAUGAUGGUUGUACAGUACAGGUCCUGUAUCUUCUACAGAGCAUGUAUGGAUAUCCCCAGAGGAACAGAGCUGCUGGUUUGGUACAAUGACUCCUACACUUCGUUCUUUGGCAUCCCACUGCAGUGCAUCGCUCAAGACGAAAACUUAAACGUCCCAGGCACGGUGGUGGAAGCCAUGACCAGGCAAGAGUCCCUCCAAUCCUUCAGCAAGAACGGCAAACCCUCUUCCUCGUCUUCCUCCUCUUCCACCCCCUCCACCGCUCUCAUGCGCUCUAUGGUCUUUCCUCACUCCCCCUGCCCUAGGAAUUUCUCUCUGUUGGACAAGGUUGGGGUCGGGAUUCAGUCGGAUUCCAGUUUUGGCCAGUUGGGGUCAAAGAACCAGCGAGUCCUGGCGAGCCCAACCUCCACCAGCCAGCUGAGCAGUGAUUUCAGUGACUGGCACCUGUGGAAGUGUGGCCAGUGCUUCAAGACCUUCACCCAGAGGAUCCUGCUGCAGAUGCAUGUCUGUCCGCAGAAUCCAGACAGACCAUACCAGUGUGGCCACUGCUCCCAGUCCUUCUCUCAGCCGUCAGAUCUGAGGAACCACGUGGUGACACACUCAAGCGACCGACCCUUCAAAUGUGGAUACUGCGGCCGUGCGUUCGCUGGUGCCACAACACUCAACAACCACAUUCGCACGCAUACAGGGGAGAAGCCGUUCAAGUGUGAGCGUUGCGACCGCAGUUUCACACAGGCCACUCAGCUCAGCCGCCAUCAGCGACUUCCCAACGAGUGUAAACCAGUGAACGAGAGCAGCGAGUCCAUCGAGGUGGAUUAACCCACAAACUGAAAAAUACUGACUGACGCUACAUCCACAUUAAGGCAGCAAAAUCUGAAAACGCAUCUUUUUCCCUCGAUUUUGGCCCGUCAUCCACACUAAGACGCCUUUUUUUUCCUCAUGACAACAGCAAGAAGAAGACAACAGGAAGAAAACAUGGCUUUACAGGUUUUGUGUGUUGAUUCAGGGAUUUUAAUUCCCCAUCCGCUAUAAUAUGCCUGAAGUAAUUACAGAUAUACUUAAUAAGUACACGACAUAUAGUCAGUUGGAGAUAUUAACUUCACUAAGCAUGACAGGCUUUAAAAAUUGCUUUAUGUCACCUUUUAGUGUGAAAGAUGAAAACUGAGCCAUUGGAAAACUUUGACAAAAGCCUGUUAGGUGAUUGUCAUGAGGUGCACGGCAGUAAAAAUUAAGAAGACAACUUUCUGUCACCUCUAACUCACUCUGUGAUUGCUCAUUUCAAAUGUCAAUAUUGCCCAUCUCAGGGUGCAGGUUUUAUCAUUAAGCUGCAUAUAUUGAUCAUCAGGAAAUACUGAUUUAGUCGCCUCAAUAGCGGGUAAACAUGUAGCAUUUAUGAGCCAGAAUCCAAUCACUGUUUUAUACUUGUUUGGUUGUCUGACAGAAUCAUAGGAUGGUCUGUAUUGGAGCACAUUAUAAUCCCACUGCUGAACACACAUUAGCUGUAAUUAAUAGUUUUGUUGUUUGCUGACCGACAGAGAAGCUGUUGUCCUGGAGUUUCAGUGUGGACAGAGAUCUUUACAAUAAAUCUGAAAAUUGACGUUUUUCUUGAAGAGCGUUUUCAGAUUUAGCCAUGUGUAGUGUGGACGUAGUCCGACGGUUUACAGCUUUGACCUAACUGACUGACUAAGAGACACAACAGCCACAUUCAUCCUGCUGGAGAGAAUCCUGAUUCAACCAAACCAAAGAUCCUUUUUUUUUUUCCAGCAGAGAGGAACUUUCAAAUGAAGGAGGGCCGGACUAAUAAACUUACAUUUUUUUGGACAAGGAUAUUUAUUGGAGACUUUUGGGAAAUCCCGUCAGGUUUCCCUCCAAAGAAAACUCUUUCUUGAAACCGGGACAAAAACAAUGAAAUACCAAAAAAUUCAGACUGAUGUUCUGUCUGUAGCUUUACUUCUCGGUUUCUUUUUUUUUUUUUUUCUUUUUGCAGCAGCGAUGCCAAAGGAGGGCGCGACCAAAGUAAACAGACUGAAAAUGCACAACAAGCAACAACACGAACGUCUGAGGAUGACGCUUGAGUUUUACAUCACAAAAUGAACAAAAUAAAAUGACGAGGAGUAUGUAUUGUAAAGAAACAAAAACAAAAAAACAAAAAGAAAGGACAAAAGAAACAAAUUAUAUUUACCUUCUUGCUCAUAUCAUGCUUCGGGCACUUUUGUUUUGUUUGUUAAAAUGUUAAUAAUUUAAUUUUUGUAGCUCUGAUGUUGGCAGAUGAAAAGGCAGAGAAAGAAAGGAAAUACAGAUGAGAUAAUGGAUGUGAUUUCUUAUAGAAAUAAUCCCACAUAAAGAGAUGUGUUAAAUAUAAAGCUGACACAGCGUGUGUUUAAAAAUGUAUUUGGGAUCAGUCCUUGUUUUUUCUCAUCUUGGCAUUUAAAACAUUUUCAGGGUGAACAUUUCUUCCAUUGUAUUCCAUCUUUUCAGUUACUUUCAUUUCAGAUUAAUAUAAAGAUGACAUCUGAUCAUCAGAGGCACAAACAUCUUCAAAUCCAAAAGGGCAAAUGUUUCUGGUUUAAAAAUGCUUUCUCAUCUCUCUCAUAAAGUGUCGUCUCAUGAACUAUAUUUGCUACGUAAUGCAAGUUUGAAUCCAUUCACAAGCAAUCUCAGAUGUGUAAAUAGUCCUGUGUCAUUCUGAUACACUUUGUAUUAAAAUGAGUAAGGGUAAAAGCACAGUUAUUUCAUAAACACCAAAUAGGUUUUUGUGCCUGAGAGUUUAAAAAGCUUUAAUAAUAAUGAUAAUAAUAAUAGUAAUCUGAAUACUGUAAUUUCCCAAAGAUUAACAGUGUGAACCUAGUGGAUGUAAAGCUACAGUCCAAACCAAAUUCAAAGGGAUGUUUCACCGCACAAAAACACCUUUACUUUUGUCACACAGGCGUCUGUAAGAGUUCCUGAACACUUUUGGUCAUUGUCAGAGAGUUCAGAUCAAGAAUCUUAGCUAUUUAAUUGUUGUGACUACAAACCUGCUCACAUCUCCACCUACUGUAAUCAUAACCUGUACUUAAUAUGCCACUUUAAAAGGGCCAUUCUGAACAAGCUAGAGUGUCAACAAACUCGGCUGUCUUCUGGCAUGCACACCAAAUGUGAGCUAAAUGAAACGAGCACCAAAUUUCAUAUUCAUAUGUGGCUUUGCUCAGAUUUGGCUGCAGCUCUUACCCCGAAUUUGUGCUGACUUGUGCAUACCAGUCACUGCAAUGUUUGGGUACCUUGUCUGCCCGCCAAUCAACAUCAGUGUCUGUAUGUUAACUUCAGGACAUGCUGUCCUUCAGUAAGUCUGCACCACAGUUUUCAUGUUUGUCGGACUAUUUGACUGUUUUGUGUAAAUUUUGUCCAGUGUGUAAGAUUUAGGGGGCUGUAUUUAUAAAAUAUGGAAUAUUCUGGAAUAUAAUCUGUAGAACUAGAAAGGACAGGGUGAGGUGAGGGGUUGCAAUCAGCAACUAGAUGCCACUAAAUCCUUCAAACUGGUCCUGUAAGUUAUGUUGUAACGCCUCACAUGCAACUCUGGCAAUGACUUUUAACAAUUGGAACUAUCUAGCAAGUUUUGAAGUUUGGUGAAUGAAAUUUGAAGUAACCACCAUCUUGGCCUUUCAUAUUUUAUAAAAUAAUCUGUCUGGUGUCAUAAUUUGUGUUAAGUCUCAAAUUUCAAUCACAUAAAUUAAGCCUGAAAACUAAAAAACAUCUGUUUCACAUUUUCACAGAUGGAGUUUAAUGAUAGUCAUAGAUCAUCGAGUGUUGUACUUUAUUAACAUGAUGGUUAGAUCAGUUCUGUAAUGUGAUAACAAAAUCCUGAUGUUUGUGUGGUGGUGGCGGAACUGGAGAACAGACAUGUUGGAACUGAACCAACAGCUCAUCAAACUCUUACAGACUUGUUUGUGUUACUAAAAGUAAAACAGUUUUGAGCCAGAGUGUGACAUCCCUUUAUUCAGAAUGCUGAAUGAUCCAAUGCUGUAUAUAGAAAAAUACAAACCAUGGGGUUUUUAUAUGAUGGAUCAGUGGACAAAAACACAAAUGUGAAUAUGAACCAGAGCUCUGAGCAAAUUCACUUUCUGUUCACGUGAGAGGAUGGACUUGAAACAUGUGACAAAAAGUCUUCAGCUGCUAUUUAUUUAAAAUAAAACCAACCUAAAUUACUGAACAUAGACAACCUGGUGACAUAUUUGUAUAUUUAUACAAGCUACGGGAGAGUUUGACAGUAGAAAAUGUUUCAAAAUCAAACUUUUCAGUUUUUAUGAAUACCCUGUUUUAAGUCCCCCUUUCUGAUUUCACAAGGUGACAAAGACACAGCAUCAGCCCAUUCUCCAGAGACCAGAGUAAUUCUGGGAAAUGUAGGAACUCCCUGACUAAAGUAGAGCUUGCAGUAGUUUGUUUUUACUGUUCUCUCCCAUUAAGAGGUACUGUGGAAAUAAAUAAAUUUACUGUUGGCUCUUCUUUAAAAAUGAAAAAAAAUAUUUGGUGUCAGACCACAAAUUAAAUAUUAGAAAAUAAAUAAAUAAAUAAAUAAAUAACUGAUAUACAGCAUUUAUUUUCCCACAGUUGGUUGAAAAUAUAAAAAGACUUUCUGGACAGAAAUUGAAUCUUGCUCAGCCCUUCUGAUGAUGAUAAUCAUUUUCUCUGUUAUAUGAAAAAAAAAAAAACUGUCAUGCCAAACAGACAGACUCUGAAUCCAUUUUGACUCGAUCUUGUUUGCAUGAUUUCUCUGACUCCUUUGCCCCGUUUUUUAAAUGAAUGUCAAAAUGAGAUCAAAAACCAAAAAGACGUUGUUCCAUAGGAAAUAAAGCUGAA